AUGAAGUACGUUUCGUUGGUGGGUAAAGCAUUUUUAGACGUGUAUCAUCUGAACGACAUGGCGGAUUCGAGUAUAGCGCAGAACGAGGUGAACCUCGUGGAUCUGUCGCUGGAACAGCUGAAUGCAUUGAAAGGACAGCUAGAGAAGGAGUUGCAGCAGUUGACAGUGUCGUUUGGUGGACUGCGGGAAGCUCAAUCACGGUUUACUGAGUCCAAGGAAGCGCUUCAGAACAUGGCAACUGCCGACCUGAACAAGGAAGUGCUCGUGCCUCUGACGGCAUCCAUGUUUGUAGCUGGUAAAUUGGCUAGUAAGGAAGAAGUGCUGGUGGAUGUGGGUACGGGGUACUUUGUCGAGCAAUCAAUUACAAAGGCCGAGCAAUUUAUGGACCGAAAAGUAGAAUUCUUGGAGACAAACACGGAACAGCUCAAGACGGUUAUUGAUGGCAAGCGUAACAUGCUUGAAGCUGUGCUGAUGAUAAUGCAGCAGAAGAUACAAGAAACACAGCAUGCUUAG